AUGUCUGACGUCGAAGUGGAAAUUCCUGCUACGUUUAAAAAGCGCAACUUGAAGAGUAGAGGUGGAAGGAAGAGAAAGACAUCAAGUUCAGAAGAAAAGAACAGUUCCGACUCAGAUGAGCAAACAGUAGUGCUACCAACGAAAAGACCGCAAAAAUUAAACCCUAAUAUUCAAAGUACAGGUGGGGAAAAGAAACAAAAAGUUAUUAUUAAUAAUAGCGACAGCAGUGAUGAGGAAAAGCCACAAACAACAUCAACACUAUCAGUGGUACAACAAAGAGAGAAUGCAACAGCAACAUAUGAAUUGGACACGGAGAGAGACAAGGAUGCGCAAGCCAUAUUUGAGAAGGCGCAGAAAAUCAACGAAGAACUAGAAGGGCAGGCUGAUGAUAAGUUAUACCGUGGUAUAAAUAAUUAUGCCCAAUAUUACAAGAAGCGGGACACAGCUGCUGGAAAUGCUAGUUCAGGGUUCGUGAGAAAAGGCCCCAUCAGAGCCCCAGCAAAUCUCCGAGCUACAGUCAGAUGGGACUACCAGCCAGAUAUUUGUAAAGAUUAUAAGGAGACAGGUUUCUGCGGUUUUGGAGAUUCGUGCAAGUUCCUCCACGACAGGUCGGAUUAUAAACACGGAUGGCAGUUGGAAAGAGAAGAGAUACAAGCGAACAAAGAUGGCGGCGACUCCGAUUACGAAAUACACAGUGACGAAGAAUUGCCCUUCAAGUGCUUUAUAUGCAGAGAGAGUUUUAAGGAUCCAGUUGUUACCAGGUGUAAACAUUAUUUCUGUGAAAAAUGUGCUCUAGACCAAUACAAGAAGUCACAGCGCUGUUUUAUAUGCAAUGCGCAGACGAGUGGAGUGUUCAACCCAGCUAAAGAAAUCGAAGAGAGAAUAAAAGCAGCCGCCAGUGAUGAUGAUGAUGAUGACGAUAAUGAUUGA